AUGCCUCCUCGUCGAGAAGGCCUCCGCAGCCGUGGCCUUGGCCAGUCAGAAUCCUCCAACGCAGCCAAUGGUGCCCUGAUAGCUCGCAUGGAAACCCUUCUCGAGUCCAUGGUCCGUCACCUGUCCGCAGGCCAAGAAAUGAGCAUGGAGCUGGUGUCCCGCCGAAACCUACGCACUCAGGAUGGCGACAGCCGCCGCCAACGAGUCUGUUUUCCUGGGAGGACCUUGUUCGAGGGCCAAAAGUUUGCUCGCGUGCUCCUCGUCAUCCAGUUGUCCCACGACGCCCUUGUCUCGGGAAGCAUUCUCACCAAACGCCAAAUAUUCUACCAGCAUCAGGAGUUGUUCGACAAACAAAGAGUCGUCGACGAGCUUGUUGAUGACCUUGCUUUGACUCUGGGAGUCCAUCGUCAUGACCUAAACAUAGUCGCAUCACCUAAAGGCCUCGUCUCUGGACCGCUGACCAUUCGAAACCACGAUGGCUCGGCCAUCACCGCGUCACUCGGAGACACGGGCACCCCCAUACCUGUAUUGCGAUCUAUUGCCGGUAUCGAGUGUGCCGCCGUCAAAUGGAUUCUUGUCGUUGAAAAGGAUGCCACAUUUCGCACAUUGGCGUCGUCCCGGUACUGGGAGACAUCUGCGGUUGGCCCUGGCCUGCUCAUCACGGCAAAGGGCUAUCCGGACCUGACGACUCGGUCCUUUCUGCAACUCAUUCACGGGCAACAUGCAGAGUUGCCCAUCUUGGUCUUGACUGAUUUUGACCCGGAUGGGUUGAACAUCUUCCGUUGCUAUCGCUUUGGCUCAGAUGGCGCGGCGCACGAGUCGGCGGCCCAGAAUCGUGGUCUGCGCUGGCUGGGAGUAAAGGCACGGCAUCUUCAGGAAUUCCCGUUAGCGCCCCACGCCUCUAGAGCCUCAAUAUCAUCGACAAGCUGUCGAGACCCCAUUUCACAACUCACGGCGAGAGAUCGCAAACUCGCCACUCGCACCCUAUUAAAUCUUUCGACACUGUGCACAGAUGACCCAGAGUUGGAGCGGCUUCAACGAGAGCUCCGAAGAAUGUUGAUGAUGGGCAUCAAGGCGGAAAUCCAGUGGCUGGAUAAUGCCGGAAACCUAGGCGGGUGGUUGGAUGACAACAUAGGUCCGAUGUUUUCUCCAAUAUCGAGAGAACAAUGA